UCAUCUAAAAAAGGAUUACAUUGUUAAAAUAAAACAAUGAAUAAAAUAGAUAAAUAAAUAAUCCACUUCCUUUAAGGCUACACACGGCACUUCCCUUUAAGACAAAACAUAACAACUCAACAGCUGAUACGAAACAUGGCGGCGGUAAACACAGACCCCAAAGCCACCGGAGAGCAAAUCAAAGCCAUCUUACGCCGCUGCAGGGGUCGCCCGAGGCUGACCGACGCGGACCGGGCUCAGCGGCGGCUCGAGUCGCGGAAGAAGUACGAUGUGCGGCGCGUUUAUCUGGGAGAAGCGCAUCGGCUGUGGAGCGAGCUGCGCGCGCGCACGAGCCUGAGCGACGCGGGGCUCGCCGAGUAUCUGAUCCUGCUCGACUCUGCAUAUGGAGAGAAAUACCAGCAGAAAUACGGCAAGAGAAAAACCCUUUCUGAACAAUGCAGCAGUCACAGGAAAGGGAAGAAGGUGUCUGGCACCAGCCUGCAGACUGUGGUGAGCUGGUAUCAAGGUCACGGUCAGUCGUGUCAGCACGAGCCUGAGCUGCGGGCCGUGGAGCCCACUGUGGGUUUGUCUACAUCUGCACUGUGGCAGUGUGUGGCGGGGCAUUCGUUUGUGCAGAACCUGCCCUGGCCUGCAGGAGGAGAGUCCGAGUCAGACGAGGAGGACGGUGUUCUGGAGAAAGAUGAGGAGGAGAGGCCUUCAGAGAAGAAAGCUACUGUCAAUGAGAGUAUCCACAUCAAAAGCAGGAAACUGCAAAACCACGGGCAGCUGCAGGUCGCCAUCAGUGACGUGGAAGACGAUGAUCGUCAUGUGGAUCAUCAGAUGACAUGCACAUCCCUCGGUGAUCUCCCGGGGUCCCCUGCGGCCCACAGCAGUCCUCCCGCCUCAGAGCGCUGUCUGAGCAGCCAGGCCGAGUGGGAGAUGGAGGCGCUCAUGGACAGAGAAGCCUCGAGUCAGGAUGCGGCGAGACAGAGCGACCCAGUCAGGGAGCAGACAGACGCUUCCAAAACUUCAGAGAAGGUGGACAGCGGAGGCGGCUUGAUGGAGAGUUAUGGAUGCGUGCUUGUCACAGAGCCCUUGACGGACAGACAGGAGAGGCAGGAUGAAGCCAGUUGUUCCAGAGAAGAUGUCCCGUCGUUAACAACCACCCCAGCACAGAGCCAACUGUUUGAGAGUCAGGACCUGCAGACGGUGAUGGGUGGAUGUGAGCUGCAGGACCAGCGCUCCUCACUGGGAGGAUCUCAGCUGAUCAUAAUUACGGGACCCAGUUACGAGGCUCUGGCGUCUGAAGGCAUUCAGCUGAACGUGGGUGGUGGUGAUGAUGAGGAGGUCACAUGUACGCUGAUCGGGGACGUGUCGUAUAAUCAAAUGUGUCAGUCAGGACACAGCGCCGAUCUGGCUGAGAAGCGGUUAUUGGAUCCCGGUGAAGAAACGCAUUGUUCAGGGGAGCUUCAGCAGUCUCUCAGUAGGUCUAAGCGGAGCCGCCGGGGUCCAGUAGUCGAGGCGGAUGGCAUGCUGAAGAUGUUCCACUGUCCGUACGAAGGCUGCAGUCAGGUGUAUGUGGCCAUUAGCAGUUUCCAGAAUCAUGUGAACCUGGUGCACAGGAAGGGCAGGACCAAAGUCUGUCCUCAUCCAGGCUGCGGGAAGAAGUUUUAUCUCUCCAACCAUCUUCAUCGGCACAUGAUCAUACACUCAGGCGUGCGAGACUUUAUCUGUGAAACGUGUGGCAAGUCUUUUAAACGCAAGAAUCACUUAGAGGUGCACCGCCGAACACACACAGGAGAAACGCCGUUACAAUGUGAGAUAUGUGGGUAUCAGUGUCGACAGCGAGCGUCACUCAACUGGCACAUGAGGAAACACACAUCUGAGGCGCUUUUCAACUACACGUGCGAACACUGCGGCAAACGCUUCGAGAAACUCGACAGUGUCAAGUUCCACAAACUCAAGAGCCAUCCAGACAAACAGCACGCCUGAAAGACACUUAAAGAGAUAAUCAUGAGUUAUGUGGGAAGUUUUAUUAAGGCUGCGGAACAAAGUGUUUAUUUAACAAGAAAUUGAAUUUUUUAGGUGUUUGUUUUGUGUUGUUGUUUUUUUUGUUGUUUUUUUUAAAUCAUCAAAUCCUGGUAUUGACCUAAAAUAGGCUUGAUAGAUAAUCAAAUAGAAGAGAAAAAGACAUGCAAAAAUAAGACAGGCAUUGAUCGAGAGAAUCAAAACCAUUUUGUUGUCUGUCUAAAGUGUGUUUUUAGUUCAUUCCUGUGCUGGACACAGAAAAACAAAACUGUACUUCUGCUGCCACUGUAUGAACAAACAUAUUAAUGUUUACAGCAGUUUUUUUCUUAAUCCAAGAUCCAAAUCAGGGUGAAAUAAUUAAAAUAUUUCUGCUGUGUCUUGCAGAAACCUUUAUUAAAACUGCAAUUUAUUUACAUUGCCUUGUCCAAAACACAUAAAAACACACACAAAAAAAAACCUUCUGUUGGAAAAUUCUGUUAAUU